AUUACGCAGCAGUCCCAAAAGAUGAGUAGAGAGAGAAGAGAGAUAAAAACUCUGUAGAGAGUGAAGAGAGAUAAAAACUCACUUCCUUUCUCCUCCUCAUCUCACUCUUCAAUAAACACACUCACUUCCUUUCUCUCUCCAAAUUCUCUCAUUUUCAUUCCAAGAUUCUCCUAAUUCUUUCUUUCCAUUCAACUAAGAUCUCAGAUUAAUUAGGGUUUUUCCUAUUUUCCCUUCAUUAUUCCCUCUAUUUUUGAUUCAUUAAAUAAGCAUUUCUUCCAUUUUUGGGAGCAUUUUAGCUGAACCAGAUGGAAGAACAAGAGGCGUCGGAAAAUGAGUGAAUGCAGAUAAUUUUUGGUGGGUAUUGAAGGGUUAUUAAUAAUUAGUAAUUUUUUGAGUUAAUAAUGACGAUAAAAGUGGUCGUGAAGAACAAGAAGAAGGCGACGCUUUUGACCAAGGAAAGAGAAAAAAAGCACUCAAAAGAUCUCUCCCUUGAUAGGUAUUGUUGCUUGUUAUUGUCAAUGAAUUAGUGAGAAAAAUAAAGAUAAUAUUUAAAAAAAAAAAAAAAAAGUUGGAAAACGAAAGCUACUCUCACUCAACCCAACCCAUCCCACCUCAUUUUUCUCUUUGAUUUUUAUUUUUCUGGUUUUUGAUUUUAGUUAAGGAAAAAAAAUAGUCAUUUUUUGCUCACAUAAAUCUUUAAGCAAAAUGCCUAUGUACCAACCAACGAAGGUGGAGGUGGGUGGUGGAGGUCAAGUUUUAGAUCUAGAUACGGCGGUGAAGGAUGGUGUGUUAGGCGGAGUAGACGACAACGGCGGGUUUACGCCGUCGUCGGAGAAGCUGGAUCUUAAGAAGAUGAUUGAAGAGUUAGAGGCAAUAGAAGUGCCUACAGUUUUCAUAUGUCCAAUUUCAUUGGAACCAAUGUUAGAUCCAGUUACUCUUUGUACAGGUCAAACGUAUGAGAGGUGUAAUAUCAUGAAAUGGCUAUCUUUAGGCCAUUUAACUUGUCCCACUACAAUGCAGGAGCUUUGGGAUGAUUCAAUCACUCCUAAUAAAACUCUUCAGCAAUUGAUUUAUAGUUGGUUUUCGCAAAAAUAUAUGGCAAUGAAAAAGAAAUCUGAGGAUGUUCAAGGGCGAGUUUUGGAGAUUUUGGAGAAUUUGAAGAAAUUAAAGGGUCAAGCUAGAGUUCAAGCUCUUAAAGGGCUUAAAUUAGUUGUGGGUAAUCAUUUUUCAGCUAAGAAAACUAUGGUGGAUAAUGGUGGGGUUGCUUUUUUGAGUUCUUUACUUGGUCCUUUCACUUCACAUGCUGUUGGGUCUGAAGUGGUUGGGAUUCUUGUUAAUUUGAGUUUAGAUUUCGAGUCAAAGUCGAAUUUGACUCAACCCGCGAAGAUCUCAUUGAUGGUUGAUAUGUUGAAUGAGGGUUCUAUUGAAACCAAGGUCAAUUGUACUAAGUUGAUCCAGGGUUUGAUGGAGACUAAGGAUUUCGACCCUGAGCUGGUGUCGAGUUUGAGCCUCUUGGUGGGGUUGUUGAAAUUAGUCAAGGAUAAGCGCAACUCAAAUGGCAUUCAACCAGGGCUUUCGCUCCUCAAGAUGAUAAGCUCACACGAGUGCGUUUGGAGUUCGAUUGUGAGCAUUGGGGCUAUUCCUCAAUUGGUUGAUCUUUUGCCAAGUUUGAAAGCCGAGUGCUUGGAAUUAGCACUCUCCAUACUUGACAAUUUGGCUAGUAUUGAAGAUGGGAGAUUGGCCUUGAAAAAUUGUCCCAACACAAUACUAAAUCUGGUGAAGCUAUUGAUGAGAAUCUCCGAGAAUUGCACUCAAUUGUCAUUGUCCAUCUUGUGGGCAGUUUGCAAGCUAUCACCUGAAGAGUGUGCGCCUAUUGCAGUAGAAGCUGGCUUAGCGGCUAAGCUUCUGCUUGUCAUCCAGAGUGGUUGCAACCCAGCAUUGAAGCAACAAUCAGCCGAGUUGUUGAAAUUAUGUAGUUUGAAUUAUACUGCUACGAUUUUCAUUUCCAAGUGUAAGCUUACAAGAACAUUGCAAUGAAAGUAAAUGUUUGGCAGCCAGAAAACGUUGUUAUUAUUCUUGCAUACUUUCAUCUCUCAAAUCAUUCUUCAGCAGACAAAUUUGUUGAAGAUGCAAUGCAAAGAGAAAAAAAAAAGCAAGUGGAUGUGCAUAUAAGAGAGACCUCAAUCCAUGGAUCAGUUUUGCAGCUUACUAGUGAUCCGGUAAUCAGGAAGCGCCAUAAACCCAUCACUACUUCAGCUUCCGAAUUGAGCAAUAGCAGAACAAAGGUUCAUUGCUCGUCGAUUUGGUUAUUGUACCUGAUUUUAAUAAUAAAGAUCAGUGAUAGUGAUUCAGAUUAGGAUUAAGCUGUAAAGAUACAGGUGACUUUCAGAUUAAGCUGUAAAAAUUGGAAUUGCAAAAAUUCCAUGGUUUUUUUGUUUGUGUGAUGAUGAGACAAUUAGGUUUACCAACAUAGAAGUCUCCUCAUUCAACAUCGAAGAAGGUUAGAUUUUGUAAAGAUAGUCUUCAACAUUUGAUCAGUUUAUGUACAAUUUCAAUCUUAUUUCUGAGAAUAACAUUCAGAUUUUCUUUCUUCA